AUGGAUCACGCCGUCAGCCGCCCACGCCGCUCCGACCGGCUCCCCGCCGACCCGCUCGGCAGCGGGGCCGAGACGCGCCGUCUCACCCAGCGUUCCAGUCUGCUGUCUCUGCUGCUGCUCGGAGGAGACAGCAGAGAGUCCCAGACCGACUCGCUCUCUUCCUAUCAGCUGAUCGUCCCUCGUCCAAUCGCAGGCCGGCUGAAGAGGGAUUUGGACGGACAGCCGCCGGCUCAGGUGUCGUAUGUCAUCAGUGUGGAGGGAAUCGAACACGUUGUCCACCUGCAGAGAAACCGGCUGCUGCUGCCUCCAGACUUCUCCGUCUUCACCUACAGUCCCGACGGCUCUGUCCUCCGCUCCAGUGCUGGACAGGAGCAUUGUCAGUAUGAAGGCUUCGUCCAGGACGUAGACGGCUCCUCAGCAGCUCUGAGCAUCUGCAAUGGACUCAGAGGAGUGCUGCACCUGCCGGACCACAGCUAUGGGAUCGAACCGUUAGACUCUGCCCCCGGACAGCACCUGCUGUACCGCCUGCAGGAUGUGACCUCACAGCCCCGGGGCUGCGGCACGCUGCACCACCGCGCCGCCCAGCACACUGCAGAGGGAGCACAGGGCAUCGAACACAGAGCCCACAGCAGGACGAAGCGAGCGAUACUACACAAGACUCACUAUGUGGAGCUGCUGCUGGUGGUCGACAAUGACAGGUUUAACUACAUGAGGAGAAACGAGACGGCGGUGACUGAAGACAUGAUCCACCUGGCCAGCUACAUCGACAGUAUCUACGUUCACAUGAACGUGCGUGUGGUUCUGGUGGGUCUGGAGAUCUGGACUCAGCAGAACCGGAUCAGCACUGACGGAGCGGUUGGAGAAGUUCUGAGUCGCUUCACCCAGUGGAGAGAGAGGGAGCUGCUGCAGAGGAGGAGGCACGACUCGGCCCAGCUCAUCCUGAAGAAGAGCUUCGGGGGAACAGCAGGCAUGGCGUUCGUCUCCACCGUGUGUUCUCGCAGCCACGGCGGAGGAAUCAACACGUUCGUCAACAACAACGUCCAGGCGCUGGCGUCCGUGGUGGCUCACGAGCUCGGACACAACCUGGGGAUGAACCACGACGACGGGCGGGACUGCAGCUGUCCUGAGAGAGCCUGCAUCAUGAACGCCACCGCAACAGGCUCCCGGUCCUUCAGCUCCUGCAGUGCUGAUGACUUUGAGAAGAUGCUGCUGCUGACUGGAGGCUCGUGUCUCCUGAACGUCCCCCGUCCCGACGAGGCCUUCAGCGCUCCGGCCUGCGGGAACCGGCUGGUGGACGCCGGCGAGGACUGCGACUGUGGAACCCAGAAGGAGUGUGAGGACGACCCCUGCUGUGAGUUCCAGACCUGCAGACUGAAGCCUGGAGCUCGCUGCGCCUUCGGAGAGUGUUGCUACAAAUGUCAGUUCCUACCAGGAGGUUCUGUGUGUCGAUCUAGUACCGAUGAGUGUGAUCUCCCGGAGUUCUGUAACGGUUCCUCGCCGUUCUGUCAGAGCGACGUCUUCGUGCAGGACGGGCAGCCCUGCAGGAACCGGCAGGCGUUCUGCUACGGGGGUCGGUGCCAGCACCACGACGGACAGUGCCAGGCCAUAUUUGGAGCCCGGUCGAAGGCCGCCCCGGAGAUCUGCUUCAAAGACAUCAACCGGAUGGGGGACCGCUUCGGGAACUGUGGGAACCAGAACUACGGCUACAAGAAGUGUGAGAGCAGGAACGCGCUGUGCGGGAAGCUGCAGUGCUCCAACAUCCAGAAGGUGACGGUGUUCAGCAUCCAGCCGUCCAUCAUCAGCACGUCCAUCGGGGACGUCCAGUGCUACGGGGUGGACUUCAUGCUGGGCUCUGACGUCCCCGACCCCGGGAUGGUCAGGGACGGGACCAAGUGUGGAGACCACAAGGUUUGUAUGAACUUCGAGUGCCGGAGCGCCGACGUCCUCAACUACGACUGCGACGUCAACAAAUGCCACGGACACGGGGUGUGCAACAGCAACAGGAACUGUCACUGCGAGGACGGCUGGGCUCCGCCCUUCUGUGAUCUCCGUGGUUACGGCGGCAGCGUGGACAGCGGCCCCACCUGGAACGAUAAAGACACGUCCCUCAGAGACGGACUGCUGGUCUUCUUCUUCCUGGUCCUGCCGCUGCUCGCUCUGGGAGGAUUCCUGUUCCUGCGCAGAACCGACCUGCGACGCCGCCUCGGCCUGAACCGCAGGAAACGCUCCGAGAGGAACCAAGCGGACACUGUGAACGCCAACCCCAGCAGAGCCCCGCCUCCCAGAGCCCCGCCCCCUCAGGUCGCUCAUAGCAACAUCACAAGAGAUGGGCACCACGUUCAGCUGCUUCCUCCACAACAGGUGGUGGAGACCAGCAGAACGGUUCCGUCGUUCUCCCUGAGGCCUCCUCCUCCUCCGCUGAAACCCAAACCUGCAGUGUCUCAGCCUCUGGUGCCUCAGAGACCGGCCCCGGCCCCGCCCGUUUGACCAGCAUGCAAUGCCUCAGCCGGAGACACCCAGAGACACCCGGAGACACCCGGAGACACCCGGAGACACCCGGAGACACCCAAAGACACCCGGAGACACCUGGAGACACCCGGAGACACCUGGAGACACCCAGAGACACCCGGAGACACCUGGAGUCACCCAAAGACACCUGGAGACACCCGGAGACACCCGGACUCAGCCGGACACCACCUGGACUUUUCACCAGUCUCUAUUAAACGUCCUCGCCGCGUUCCGCUGUCCCGUCGUCAGGCGGCUGGUUGACUGCUGGUUGACCACUGGUCGACUGUUGGGUAACUGUCAGGAUUACUACGGCAACAACACCCCAUGUGACCGGUCCCACCACGGUCUGAACCGGCUCCCAGUCCCUCUCCGUGGAGAACCGUCCACCGCCUGGUGGACGGUUCUCCACCGCGAGAGGAACCGACGUCCAAGGACCAGACGGCCGGCGGGAGCCGGUCCUCCCUGAGGAACGGUUCUGACAACUCCAGCUUAAAACCCAGGAGCCAGAGGACCGGGAGGCCCCCCUUCACGGUCUGGAUCCGCUCUGAUCCAGCUGCAGCCCCCCUUCACGGUCUGGAUCCGCUCUGAUCCAGCUGCAGCCCCCCUUCACGGUCUGGAUCCACUCUGAUCCAGCUGCAGCCCCCCUUCACGGUCUGGAUCCGCUCUGAUCCAGCUGCAGCCCCCCUUCACGGUCUGGAUCCGCUCUGAUCCAGCUGCAGCCCCCCUUCACGGUCUGGAUCCGCUCUGAUCCAGCUGCAGCCCCCCUGCUCUACGGGAGCUUGCUGUUCUCCCUGAGCUCGCCUCAGACACCGGUCCGUCUGACAGGCGGAUCAGAGUCCACCAGGCGGUGGAUUGUUGGUGGUUCAGACCUUGGUGGGGCUGGUUAGGGUGACCCUGUGGAGGAGGUGAUGUUGCUGUAGUGACCGCAGGUUGACCGCCUGGUGACUGCUGGUGACUGCUGGUGACUGCUGGUGACUGCUGGUGACUGCUGGUGACUGCUGGUGACUGCUGGUGACCGCUGGUGACUGCUGGUGACUGCUGGUGACUGCUGGUGACCGCUGGUGACCUCCUGGUGACUGCUGGUGACCGCUGGUGACUGCUGGUGACCGCUGGUGACCGCUGGUGACCGCUGGUGACCGCUGGUGACCGCUGGUGACCGCUGGUGACUGCUGGUGACUGCUGGUGACUGCUGGUGACCUCCUGGUGACUGCUGGUGACUGCUGGUGACCGCUGGUGACCGCUGGUGACCGCUGGUGACCGCUGGUGACUGCUGGUGACUGCUGGUGACUGCUGGUGACCUCCUGGUGACUGCUGGUGACUGCUGGUGACCGCUGGUGACCGCUGGUGACCUCCUGGUGACUGCUGGUGACUGCUGGUGACCUCCU